GCCUAUAAGGUUACUGCAUGGAGGGACCUGUGUUUUAGAAUAGAAGACAAUGAGGUCACACAGUGUACACUGCUGCCACCCAAGGCUUUUAUUCUGAAGUGCGCUGCAGCUUAGGCAGCUAUUCACUGGGCUUGUCAGUCUCAAUAACCAACACACAGAGGAUUCUGCUGAUGUUCCAGUUUUCAAUAGGCUUUUAGUAGACUGCAUCCGCAGCAUUCAACCAGAAAACCCCAGCAUCUCAUUCUGAAGUCAGCACAGCCUGAACAACAUCCAUGGAUUUCAUCUUCUCUUUUCUGCACAACAUACCAGAAAUCAUGGCUUAUAUACCACCCAGAACAUAAUCCGAACGCCUGCAUCAUCAUCUGUGUCUCAGUUUAAGCACAGGCAGGGACAAAGUCGAGUAAGUGAGGGUGGGACCAGCACUCCUCUGUGCUCACUCCUGUCCUGUCUAUUAGACUCCUGUCUGAAAACAUAGAGGAGGAAGUUACAGACCAGCCUGCAGUGAUCAGAUGAAGAGACCCAGCAGUGAAUGCAUGUUCUAAGGAAUGUUUUUCAUGAAGAUAAAUAUCAGUUGUGCUCGUCCACUGAAGAAGAGAAGGAAUGCAUAGCAGCACUGUUUCAGACUGUAGAAGAGACACCGCAGCCCAUCUCCACUAGGAUUACAGGUUCAAUCCCCGAAUGGAUCACAGGCAGUCUGUUCCGCAAUGGACCUGGAAGAUUUGAGUUUGGAAAUGACAAAUUUAACCACUGGUUCGAUGGGAUGUCCCUUAUGCAUAAAUUCACAAUUGAAAAUGGAAAUGUAACCUACAUGAGCAAGUUUCUUCGAAGUGACUCCUACAAGUCAAAUGAAAGUGAAAACAGGAUUGUGGUUUCUGAAUUUGGCACUGUGGCAAUGCCGGACCCCUGUAAGAGCAUGUUUCAGCGCUUUGUGUCUAUGUUUGAAAUGCCAAAAGCAACUGAUAAUGGGAAUGUUAAUUUUGUGAAAUACAAGAAGGAUUACUUUGUUAGCACAGAGUCAGCUUUGAUCCGUAAGGUGGAUUUAGCAACAUUAGAGACAGCAGAAAAGGUUGACUGGAGCAAAUAUAUUGCUGUGAAUGGGGCAACAGCUCAUCCUCAUUACGACCCUGAUGGGACUGUAUACAACAUGGGCAAUUCCUAUGGGAAACAGGGCACAUUGUACAACAUUAUUAGGGUGCCUGCCCAAGAAUUAGAGGAUGAAGAUACACUGCACGGUGCGGAGGUUAUCUGUUCUAUACCAGCAAGUGACAAAUGGAAUCCCUCAUAUUACCAUAGUUUUGGAAUGACACAAAACUACAUUGUGUUUAUAGAACAACCUAUCAAGAUUAAUGUGCUAAAAAUUAUUACAGGCAAUAUAACUGGGUCACCUAUAUCUGGUAGCUUAGGGUGGGAUGCCAAAUGUGACACUGUUUUUCAUGUCGCAAAUAAACACACAGGGGAGCUACACUCUGUGACAUUCCACGCACAAGGAGUUGCGAUGUUUCAUCAGAUCAAUGCGUACGAAGAUCAAGACUGCAUUGUCCUUGACCUCUGCUGCCAGGAUGAUGGUGACGCUGUUCAGUUAUUUAACUUGCAAAAUCUACGCAAAUCUGGUGAAGCUUUGAACAAGAUCUAUCAUUCAGUUAAAAAGUCUUUUCCGCGACGGUUUGUAUUCCCUCUGACUAUAAACUCUGAAACUCCAUAUGACGUAAACAUCAACCCUCUGAGCUAUACUACAGCAACAGUGGAGAAAAGAGCUGAUGGGAAGGUAUGGUGUACACCUGAGAACCUAUAUGAUCACACAAUUGAGAAUGUUGGAGGCCUUGAAUUUCCUGCCAUCAACUAUACCCAAUACAACACUAAGAAGUAUCGCUAUUUCUACGGGUGUGGGUUACAGCAUCUUGUAGGCAGCUGUCUGGUUAAAAUGGAUGUUGACACAAAGCAGUUAAAAGUUUGGCAGGAAGAUGGCUUCUACCCCUCAGAGCCAGUGUUUGUUGCCAGCCCACAUUCAUGUGAUGAAGAUGAUGGCGUGCUCCUCUCUGCAGUAGUCUCACCGCGGCAGGACAAAACAGCCUUUUUACUUAUUUUGGAUGCCAAAAAUUUCAAGGAAAUUGGCCGAGCUGAAGUACCAGUUCAAAUGCCUUAUGGAUUCCAUGGAAUCUUCUUGCCACAAAAUAAAUGAGCCCCCGACAUUGCCAAUAUUGACAUUUAAUUCAUAUGCAAAUGAACACUAUUGCUUUUGUGUUGAUGAAAGGGGUUAUCCGGCAGCAUUUAUUUAAUAUAAAGGGGCAAACUGGUAGUAAAAAUUAGGCAUGUUUUACUACCUAACUUUCCUGCCUCUGCACAUCCUAAUAUGCCUUAGUCCACAGACCUCCUUUCCUUGAGAAUGUUGGCUUAGCCAAGCGCUGGCUCCAGCUGUAACUCAUAGAUAGAGCUCAGCGGGGCCAUGGACAGUGGCAGGUGGAGCAAAGAAUGUAAAUAAGGCUUGUUUUAUUUUAUUUUUUUAAUCACUCUGUCUCUUUAAAACAAAAUGCUAACAGUAAAUCCUUUUGAAAUUGAGUUUAUAAUGUUUAUAUUUUUCUCCUGGAAUAGAGCAAUGUGUUGCUUACCUAGGUAUAGCAGGGCCCCAUAGAAUUCUGUGUCUAUUAUAUUAUCCUACCUGGAACAUGGUUGGGAGCUCUAUGGCAAACAUUUUUAUUGGAUCCAAACUCUGUAAUAUUGUCCAAAACAUAUUGUAAGUAUAUAGCCAAGGUUUAGAACCUGGUAUCAAUGUAAUUGUUAUCUGACUAUUUGUGCUAACAGAUGCUAUUAUUUUCUAAAUUUUUACAACAGUUAAGAAUGUAGUUUCCAGGUCAAUGCAAUACAAUGUACCAGUAAACAUUAUGGCCCUCAUUUACUAUUGCAAACCCGACAUGUUUUGUCGGGUUGUGCGCCAGAUUCUGUCACAUUGCGCCAGAGAUUCUGUCUGCGCCAGAAUUUGUGCCAGAAUUGAAAAAACCCCAACUAACUCUCCAUUUUGCUAAGAAAACCUGAAAAGGGGGCGUGGUCAUCAGGGAAAAGGUGGCGUGGUCACCGAAAAGGGGCGUGUUCCCGACAUUUUCACAAAAUCCCAACAUAUUUACUAAGGUUUCCAUAGAAAAUGUGGUGGAUUGGAGUUGAGGAAAACCCUACAGGUCACAGCAUGUGUAAAAAAAGCAAAAUGUAUGGAAAGUGGAAACUGUAGGGAAACCUUAGUAAAUACCGUGGAAAAUAAAUUGUAGGGAAUUAAAACCCACAAAGAAACCUUCACUCCACUCUUAGUAAAUAAGGGCCAAUAUCUCCCCACCCUGGAGGUUGGCUCUUUGGGGACAAGUACAGUAGCUGCAAUACCAUACACUUCAGCUGAAAUGAUAGAGACCUUCAUUGAGCAACAUAACCCCUUUCUAAAUUAUACGAGCCUCACCUCUGGGAGAAACCCCCAGCUCUCUCCGACCUUCAAUACGUUUUAAAUGUUACAGCCUCGGUCCCAUCUUCACCAACCUGAGCUUGAACCUGCCAUGCUAUGUUUCAAGGGCAUAGCUCCGUAGUCCAUGCAUACUUAAUGCCAAUGCAAACUGGGUAAAACUGCCAGUUUGGUUAUUUUUCAAUUGCCCAGACACCUCCAGCUGCCACUACCAGGUUGGAGGGCUAGGGGCCUACAAUCAUAUGUUAAGUGUUUGUCCCAGUGGUGGGAGUACUUCUUAAGUUGGGAAAUACCUUUAAUACUACAUUCCCACCACGGCAGAAUUUCCUAGAGGAAUUUUGUAGAAUCAUACCGCUUGGAAAUUCCACAAAUUUUAGUGCACAUUAUCUUCAAUGGGGAUUCCACUGUUCCAUUCACACAGAUUUCCCGCAGCGACCAUUCCGCAGCCGAAAUUCCACAUUCUGGAUUCUGCAAAAUUAUAAGAGAUGUCUUAAAAUUGUGCAGAAUUCCUUUCAGAGCCCCAAUGAAGUGAAUGGGACUCUAAAUUUGAGCGGGAAGUUUUGAAAGCACAGAAAUUCUGCUCAAAUUCCACAAAACUGCAAUAAUUCCACAGUCUGCUUUUCUGAGUGGAAUUAGAACGGAAUAGCAGAAGUUUCACCACGUGAACAUGGCCUCAGAGAUUAAGAUGAGGACAACCUCUAAUGAGAGCACCAUCCUUAUCUUACAAUAGCUAUACAGACAAGUAUUUUUUUUUAACCCUAACAUUACCUACAGUAGUGUUUUUAAUUGUACAAAUUUACCAAAAUGUUUGUCAUAAGAGCUAAAAAAUCGUUGCGUGAUACAUGACUAAGGAUUUUUCAAAAUGCUGUUUGCUUCUUCAUGAUCCUUUAUUCAGUUCCCAUCCAACAUAGUUAAUAAAAAUACUAUGCAACGCAAAUCUUAAAAUGUACCUUUGUCUUAGGGACAUGUCAAAUGUUGGUCGGGAUCGUUGUGCCGAGACCCCAACUAUCGCUAGAACAAGCGGGAAAGGAACAUGCUGCUAAGCUCUCUGUCACUUGAGUUAAAACAAGGAGAUAAUGUGCUUACCGUGCACUUCUUCCUCCUCUAUCUAGCAAUUGGUCUGAUCAAAACUUACGGUAUAUGUCUCUAUAACAUAUCAAAACCUUUUUUUAAAUGACAGUACCACUUGCUCUUUUCUUGCUUUCACUUUUCACUGGUUUUAUAAGGAUGCCUUAAGUGACUCCAACUUUUCAUUGUUACAAUUUUAUAUUUUUGAUUUAUUUCCAUUCUUUUAAAUGUAUAUAUAUGAUCUGACUAUUUGUAACUAGCUUUCAAUAAAAAAAAAAAAUCUCUGUAUAUUUUUGU